UACCCCGCGCGCGCCCUCCGCCGCCAGUUUCACACAAGUGGGGAACCAGAAAACAACCUCUUAGAGUACAAGCAAGGAUCUUCGUCGGCGUACGCCAUGGAAACGUUAAAUUUAAAACCGUUAAGUAAGUGUCAAGAGUGGUCUCCGGAUGCGCAGGGAGCGGAGACCACCGAGGUCCGCGAGGCGGGCCUCGUCGCGUCCACCUCGUCCGAGGAGCGCCUCCUGCGCCGCGUCGUGGGCCGCUGGGGCGCCGAGUGGUUGAGCUGACUCGGCACAGGGCCUAAGAACGCCGGUCCACAAUGGCCGGCCGAACACCCCCUGCCGCCGCCGCGCUGGGGGGCCGCGCGCCCGGCGCUCCACCUCACCCUCCACCAAUACGAGGACCUGGUGGCGAAGGCCGAGGCGCUGAUAAGCCGAAUCGUCGUCUCAGAAAACUAUGACUCCGUUAAUAAUUUCCUGUCUCUUUACGACGCCUAUAUGGCUGCUCCGGAUCAGUAUCUUGAAGAGUUCUUCCCGAAGUACAAUCCUCCGAUCAGAGCGCAUAAGCAUACUUGUGUCGGUCUCGGGAUGGAAGUCAUCAAGCGUUUGAAAGUUUUAGAGAAGGACUUCCCCGGUAUCAGCAAGUCUAUGAUGUUGAUAUCUUGCGAUGAGAAUAUCCAGGACUUGGUGGACUACACCACCUCGUUCCCUGGACCUCAAGGGUUCCUGAUCGAGACUGAGAAGGACCACGUGAUGGCCGCUAUCCACGUGAAGAUCGACGGCAGACCGGGUAUAUUCCUGUCAGAUCUGGGUUACCACAUCUCCCGUGUCGUCACUGCUAUGGCUGAUCGUUGCUAUCCACAUACUGGCUGGUUCACGCAGUCGGACGAGCCCCAUUGCCGCAAGGACUACAACUACCAGUUCAACCUGCAGAACCCCAACUAUGUGGAGUGGCACGAGCGGGAGACCAGGGGCGACAAGACCAAGGCCCAGGUGUCGCUCAUGUAUGUCGCCAAGCCGUAUCUGACGGCUGUUGAGGUCACGGAGAAGAGGAACUUGGUGUGGGAUCUUAGGAGUCUUCUAGCCAGGGAUCCCAAGGGCCGUCUGACCGCCGGUAUCUACUUCCCUCUGAAGCCCAAGACCCAGGAGUUCACCAUGUUCUUCGAUAGCAACAACGGCAAGCAGAGGAAGAAGCUCAAAUUCCAAACCUUCUUGGAGCUUCAGAAGAUCCCCGACGAAGUGGUAGAAGAAGUGGACGAGUGCAACGAGCAGCUCCGUCUCAAGGACGGUGAGCUCCUUUCCAUCCUCAAACGACUGGCCACCGUCGUCACCGACGAGGAGUACAUGGCUGAAGUCCUGGCUGUUAACAACAAGAUCGUACAGCUGUCUGCUGGACAGUAAACAUACUGGCCGUUUAGAAAAAAAAAGAACAUCUGGUCACAAGUCUCAAUGCGCUGGCCGUCAAGAAAUUAAAAAAAAAUAACCGACUACAAGUAGGAAGAGAUCUGAACAGUAAAAUCACUGGUUGGAAAAUUAAGAACGUGCGGUAUUACCAACAUGUUUUGUUUUUCUUGAGCCGUUGUUUGCAACAUAAACUGCAGAAAGAACAUCUGAAGUCAGUCAUCAAGAAGUUUGAAAUCUGCUCCGUCCGGAAAAGCUAUGCUUCCAUUUUACCACAAAAUUUUCGAAUAUUUAUGCUUCCACAUUGCGAACAUUUUAAAAACAAAAUUUAGUAUAUGUCAAUUAUAUCAGCGGCCUUAUAGCAAUACCAAUGUUGUAGAGAGAUUCUCUAAAUUCAAUAUUUUAUUAGAUAUGUACUAAUGUUCAUUAGUUUCAUUAGAUUCUUAUUCAUUUAGAGACCAUUAGGGGUAUGUAGUUACUAGUGUUUAGUAGUGAGACGUGUAAAACGAUAAGGCUUAUCGGAAAAUAAAAUUAUAAAAAAUUUAA